AUGUCUCUCCUUUCGGUGUCUUGCUUUCUGGCUAUCUUGUUACCAUGGAUACCAGGUGGGGUAGGCAGUCCUUUCUUUCCGUCCCCGCAACACUCAUCCCAGCAGGGCGUGGGAAGGGCGGUCUACCUCAUCACCAACGAUGAGAAGGCCAACGCGGUCAUUGCCCUGCCCAUUGGCGCCGACGGCAAGCUCUGUCCGGGCACCGCAACCCUGACCGGCGGAACCGGCUCCGUGGCCCUGGACAGCGACGAGCAGCCUGCCACACCCGACGCCCUGGUCAGCCAGUCCGCGCUGACCAUUGCCGGCAACGUAAGUGAACCAUCUUUGGCAUCCCCUACCAUCUUCGCCGUCAACACCGGGUCCAACACGCUGAGCAUGCUGAGCAUCUCCGCCGCGGACCCUACCAAGCUGUCCCUGGCGGGUAAACCAGUUCCCGUCCCCGGCGAAUUCCCCACCACCGUCGCGGCAUCGGCCAAACACCACAUCGUCUGCGUCGGCACAACCGGCGCCAAAGCCGGCAUCGCAUGCAGCCGAUUCACAACCUGCGGCGGCCUGAGCCCCAUGGACGCGCUGCGCCCCUUCGAUCUGGGCCAGACCACCCCCCCUGUCGGGCCGACCAACACGGUAUCCCAAGUCUUCUUCUCCGCAGACGAGUCCAUGCUCUUCGCCACCGUCAAGGGCGACCCAGCAAGCAACAACACAGGCUUCUUCUCGGCCUUCUCCGUCCAGCGCGCCAAUGCCCCACGUCAUCAUCAUUCUUCUUCUUCUUCGCGCGGUCCCAUGUCGGCGGUCUCGCGCAUCGAGCAGCGCAGCUUCCCCAACAACACGGCAGUGCUCUUCGGCUCGCAGCCCAUCCCCGGAAGCCCAACGAACCACCACGUCUUCGCCACCGACGCCUCCUUCGGCGCCGCCAUCCUGUCGGUCGACCCAGCCACGGGCCGCGCCUCGACGAUCGCGACGGGCGAGAUCGCGGGCCAGAAAGCGACGUGCUGGGCAACGAUCUCCCCCGCGACCGGCACCGCGUUCGUGACCGAUGUGGCGGUCAACCGGCUCGUCGAGAUGGACGUGCGCGAUGCGCGCGUGCUGUCGCAGCUCGACCUGUCCGCCGCGGGCAGUCCUGAUCCGGGGCUGAUUGAUUUGCGCGCGGCGGGGGGGUUCAUCUACGCGCUGUCGCCGGGGAACGGGACGACCGAGGCUGCUGUGAGCGUCGUCUCCGUGGGCGGUGGGUCGGCGAAGAUGGUGCAGCGUUUCGGGUUGGGAAGUAUGGGGGUCGGGAGGAAUGCGAUGGGCAUGGCUGUCUUGAUUUGA